AUGUCCGACGAGAACAGAGAUGAUAAUUUUUCUGACAUCAACGCCUUCAAUAAACCAGAAUUACGUUCUUCUUAUACGACCUUAACAUAUAUCAACGAAGAUGAUGAUGACACUGUAUCACCUGACUAUGUAGGUACUGAGUUUAAUGACGAUGAAUCCUCCACUGAUUUUGACAAUCCAAAUUCAAAACCAAGUUCAACGGAAAAAUUAAGAUUCACAAACAAUAAUAGUGAUUUCCUUCAUGAUGUUUCACCAACAGACAACAACAAUAGUGAAACAAAAGAUCACAAGGAUGGGAAUGAUGCAGCUCAUUCUGAUGGACUAAAGGAAAAUAACAACAUAAGUGAACCAAAUAAACAUAAUGGAUCUACAGUGAACAAAAAUUUAAGUGAGCCAAGUGUUCAAAUUCAAAAUGGCCACAAUUCUUCAACUGGUGUUAGUGAUACAAACUCUUGUCCAACAGCCAUUUUUUCUACUAAUAACCUUGAAAUGGAUUCUACUCCGAGAAUAACUCAGACUAGGUUUGAUGCAUCACAAACACCUUUGACAAAAAGACGCAUCCUAAUACUAAAAUGUUUGGCCGUGGCUGUAGCCAUUUUCUUUUUUCCAGCUGGAAUACCAGCAGUCUAUUAUGCAUUUAAGAUAGACAAAGCUUUUCAAGCAGGAAUUAUGCAAGGGAAUAUAGAUUUAGCUUUAAAAUAUGCCAAAAGGACAGAGAAAUUAGUUAUCUUAUCAUUGGUAUUAGGAGUUCUAUUUAUUGUGAUGUGUUUUGCUAUUAUUGAAAGAGCGGUGUAUGGUAAUGAAUAUUAUUGGCAUCAUGGAACUGUAGCUGGUCGUGGAUAA